UGACAACGUGUGAUCGAAACAAAAAGGAGAGUACGGAUUUUUUAUGUCUGUCUAAAUAUCCGUCUAUCCUAGACUAUUCUUGUUCAAUAUACAUGCAUCAUACGCAUGUUAUCUUUUGAUAUAGAAGCAAACUGAUCCAAGCGUGUAAACCCACAUGACGUACUGCACAGCCUUCAUAAAGUAACCAAGAACAUUGUCAACAAAAUGGUGACUUCUUCAGCUUCUUCAAGCGACGGUCGCGCCUUUGGUGUAAUCGUGUUUGGUGCAAGUGGAUUUACCGGUCAGUUUGUGGUGCAAGAGUUAGCCAGAGUGAGCGAUGAAGAGCCGGGUCUGACUUGGGCCAUAGCUGGUAGAAACCAGGACAAACUUCAAGCGGUAUUGAAGGAGGCUGAGAAAGUCACAGGUAAAGAUUUAAAGGAUGUGGGUGUACUGAUUGCUAAUGUUAACGAUCACCAAUCCAUGGAUAAUAUGUGUGCCCAAGGCAAAGUGUUGCUCAACUGUGUAGGACCGUAUCGAUUCUAUGGUGAACAGGUAGUCAGGGCUUGUGUAGAGAAUGGCUGUCAUCAUGUCGACAUAAGUGGUGAACCUCAGUUCCUGGAGGGAAUUCAUCUGAACUACGAUGCAAAGGCCAAAGAGAGCAACGUUAUCAUUGUGGGUUCUUGUGGAUUCGACAGCAUCCCAGCUGACAUGGGAGUGGUCUUCACUAAGAAGAAAUUCCCAGGCAUUUUGAAUACAGUAGAGAGUUUCGUCGCCCUUCAGUCAGGACCUGAGGGUUCUGCAGGUCACUUCACAACGUAUCAGUCCGCCAUUCAUGGCAUUGCCCACAGUGAUGAACUCCCCAAGCUACGCAAAAAGUUUGACUGGAAACCCUUGCCAAAGUACACACCCAAACUAGAAAAGAGAGGAGCUGUUUUCUACAAUGAAGAAAGUAAGAAGUGGUGUGUGGUGUUCCCUGGUUCAGAUGCAUCCGUUGUUAGAAGAUCUCAACGAUUCAUGUAUGAGAACAACGAUGAAAGACCGGUUCAGUACGGUGCUUAUGCAGAGGUCGGUGGUUUGUUGACCCUCAUGGUCCUUCUAAUCUUUGGGAUCGUCUUUGCGUUCUUGGCCAAAUUCAACUUUGGACGGAAACUCCUGGAGAAGUACCCUAAAUUGUUCUCUGGUGGCUUCUUCAGCCAUGAGGGUCCUUCAAAGAAGCAGCGAGAUGCUUCAACCUUCAGCCUGACGUUCCAUGGUAAGGGCUUCAGUGAGUCUGCCAAGGACCAGACUAAACAGGAUGUCAGCAUUGUCACCAAGGUGUCUGGACCAGAGCCUGGGUAUGUGAGUACACCUAUUGCCAUGGUGCAGGCUGGACUAGUGAUACUGAAUGAGAAGGACAAGCUACCUCACAGUGGUGGCGUGUUUGCCCCAGCGGCUUUGUUCUCAAGAACAUCUCUGAUUGAAAGACUUGACAAGCAUGGAAUGAUGUUCAGCGUGGUGGAGACGAUCGAACCGCCCAAGGAAAAAGAGACCUAGACGCAACGACUGCAGUCAUGCCUACUUUCAUGGUGGAACUAGUUCUACAAAGAAAAGUAGUAGAUCAGACGAACAGGUUUCCUCUAUCGUACAAGCUCUUAUUCAUAUGCAACUCUGCUACAGCAACAAGAUUUAAACAAGAAAAGCACUGUGUUUUAGAAAGUCAACAUUAUCAUCAGCUAAUUUGCAAAAUUGUUAUUGUUGUGGUCUGUGGCUGGAAUCAUUUCACUCUCUGUUUGAUUCAAAAAGGCAUUUGACAACAGGCAUAAUAA